AUGUCGCUGCUUGUCUUAAUAUUGUCUGUAGUGAAUCAUUUAUCGAUUUUGCUGUUUCGUAGAUUCCUUGUUUUUAAUGAAGUUGACUGUGGUAUGUGUGAUUUCAUUAGUGACAACACUGGCUGGGUUGGUGCUGGUAUUGCUACUGGUGGUGUUGCUUGA